CCCAGCCCCACCAUGUCUGACGAGGAAGUUGAGCAGGUCGAGGAGCCCUACGAGGAGGAAGAGGAGGCCCAGGAGGAAGAGGAAGUCCAGGAAGAAGAGAAGCCGAGACCCAAACUCCCGACUGCUCCUAAGAUCCCAGAAGGGGAGAAAGUAGACUUCGAUGACAUCCAGAAGAAACGCCAGAACAAGGACCUCAUGGAGCUCCAGGCUCUCAUCGACAGCCACUUCGAGGCCCGGAAGAAGGAGGAGGAGGAGCUGGUAGCUCUCAAGGAGAGAAUCGAGAAGCGUCGUGCAGAGAGAGCUGAGCAGCAGAGGAUUCGCGCCGAGAAGGAGCGGGAGCGCCAGAACAGGCUGGCGGAGGAAAAGGCCAGGCGGGAGGAGGAGGAUGCCAAGAGGAGAGCUGAGGACGACCUGAAGAAGAAGAAGGCUCUGUCCUCCAUGGGAGCCAACUACAGCAGCUACCUGGCCAAGGCUGACCAGAAGAGAGGCAAGAAGCAGACGGCCAGAGAGAUGAAGAAGAAGAUUCUUGCUGAGAGACGGAAGCCACUCAACAUCGACCACCUCAGCGACGACAAGCUGAGGGACAAGGCCAAGGAGCUCUGGGACACCCUGUACAGACUCGAGACUGACAAGUUUGAAUACGGGGAGAAGCUGAAACGCCAGAGAUACGACAUCACCAACCUGAGGAGCCGCAUCGACCAGGCCCAGAAGCACAGCAAGAAGGCCGGAACCCCGGCCAAAGGCAAGGUCGGCGGGCGCUGGAAGUAAGGGGGCGGAAGAGGCCCCCCAAGGCAGAGACCCUGGGCCCUCACUCCCUCCCAGGCCCACGCACGGCACUCCUCGUCCUCCAGCCCCCGUGCCGAGGCUCCCUCUGUGGUUCUGUGACAAUCCUGGGGACGAAGGGGCCACCCUGGAGCACCCCCUGCA